CGCUCAUAUCUUCCCAUAAUAUAGUACAGACUUCAUUCACCAUGUUGAAGUCUAAAACUUUCGUUAAGAAGACGCGCAAAGGAAAUGUGGUGAAGGUCCAUAGAGAGCAUUAUAUGCGCGAUGACGUCUGGUGUGGGGCUGAGCAUUGUGUAAAGUGUGGUGGCGACGAGAAGCCACUGCAGGCCACACCUAGCGCUGAAUCGCAAUCUCAGAAGUUCAAAUUCUUUCACUACAUACUGCCGGAUACAAACGUUGUUCUGCAUCAAAUUGAUCUAUUGGAGCACGCAAAUAUAACCAACAUCAUCAUCCUGCAAACGGUCCUAGAUGAGGUCAAAAACCAAAAUACAGCUAUCUACACGCGUCUUCGAGCGAUUAUCACCAAUCACGAGAAGCAUGCAUACGUGUUCACAAACGAACACCACAGAGAUGUAUUUGUGGAGCGUCUGCCGAAAGAGAGUUCCAACGACCGAAACGAUCGCGCUAUCCGUGUUAGUACGGAAUGGUACAACAAACACUUGCCGCAGAAUAAAGGCGUCAGAGUAGUCAUGCUGACUAAUGACAGGGAUAAUAAACGCUUGGCUGAGCUGGACAAUAUACCAUGUGCGACAAUUGAACAAUACGUCAACGGACUCCCAAAUUCAGCAGAAAUGGUAGAUCUCUUAGCGCUGGCAUCCGAUUCUAUAUCAUCAUCGACACCCGCAGGCGAUAAAUUGGACUACCCAGACUACCUAGCAAAGGGAACCGUACAGGCUGGUAUCAAGUCCGGCGCGCUGGUCCAAGGCACCUUCAACCGAUCACGCGAGAAUUACCUAGAAGGAUAUGUGAGUGCGAAAGCCCACCCCGAGCCGAUUCUGUUGAAGGGCAGGUUGGCGUGCAACAGAGCGAUCUUCGGCGAUAUAGUUGCUGUGAAGCUGCUACCUGAGAAUGAGUGGGAACACCCCUCCAAGACCCUGGCCGUAAAUGAGGGCGACGAGGAAGACCAACCAGACACCGAUGCUGUUGGCGGCGAAGCGAAGAAUGCGCCUGUACUACCGUCUGCAUCGUUAGUCCCUCCACCCCCCUGUGGUAAAGUGGUGGGUAUUGUCAAGCGAAACUGGAGAGCGUAUUGUGGUGUGCUAGCGCCCUCAAAAGGAAGUGGUGUAUUCCAUCUGUUUCGGCCCCAGGACAGGAGUAUACCAAAUAUUAGAAUCAAAACACGUCAAGCGGAAAGUCUUCAGGGCAAACGAAUCAUUGUCAACAUCGACGGGUGGGAGCGAACGUCUAUGUACCCCAACGGCCACUUUGUGCGUGUGAUUGGUGAUCUAGGAGACAGAGUAGCGGAGGGCGAAGUUAUUCUGAUUGAGCACGAUGUGAGCUACGCCAAGUUCUCAGGGGAUGUGCUGGCUUGCUUGCCUGCCACCCCGUGGGUGCUCACUGAUGAAGAGGUGGCCAGGAGGAAGGACUUGCGCUACUUAGACGUGUGCUCAAUCGAUCCUCCCGGCUGCACGGAUAUCGAUGAUGCUUUGCAUGCUCGCCUACUGCCCAACGGUAACUACGAAGUGGGUGUGCAUAUUGCGGAUGUGACACACUUUGUACAGCCUCGUACAGCUAUGGAUAAGGAAGCGGCUAGCAGAGGUACCACGGUGUAUCUGACGGACAAUCGUAUUGAUAUGUUGCCGGAGCUCCUGGGUAGCAACUUGUGUUCGUUGCGAUCAAAUGUUGACCGUUUGGCUUUCUCGUGUCUGUGGGAGAUGACACCUGAGUGCGAGAUGGUGGAUGUGAUGUUCACCAAAUCGGUCAUUCGCUCGAAGGCAUCGCUCACGUACGAUGAAGCACAGGCACGCGUAGAUGAUAAGACCCAACAGGACGACCUCACCAAGAGUAUCAGACAACUGAACAAGUUUGCAAAGAUCCUGAAAGCGCGUCGCUUUGAGGCCGGUGCACUCUCUCUCGCGUCUCCGGAAGUUCGCUUUAAAAUGGACAUGGAAGACGAACGAUGCGAUCCGCUAGAGGUCAAUGUGAAAGAGCUCAAAGAAACCAAUUCCCUGGUGGAGGAGUUUAUGCUGUUGGCCAAUUGCACGGUCGCUCAAAGGAUACAUGAACAGUUCCCGGAAAGUUCGAUGCUGAGAAGACAUCCUGCACCAAAUAAAGAGCGUUUCGACUCUCUGGUCUCAUGGGCCAAGACUGUAAAUGUAGAAUUAGACGUAUCCUCAUCAAAGAAGCUGGCUGAGUCGCUGGACAAGGCAGUCCUGCCAGAUCGGCCGUACUUCAAUACACUUAUCCGUAUCUUGACCACCAGAUGUAUGAUGCAGGCUCAGUAUUUCAGUUCCGGCACCCUGCCAGAGGAGGACUACAAACAUUACGGUCUGGCCGCACCAAUAUACACUCACUUCACAUCCCCGAUCCGUCGAUAUGCGGAUGUGAUUGUGCACAGAUUGUUAGGGUCCUCUAUCGGCUGGGACCAUGCCGAUCCAACGCUACUAGGCAAAUCCGAUGUGGAAACAUUGUGUGACAACUUAAAUUACAGACACCGCAAUGCUCAGUUUGCAGGGCGUGCUUCGGUUGAGCUCUAUACACACCUCUUCUUUAAGAACCGAGUUGUAGUAGAGGAUGGAUACAUUAUUCGCGUGAAGGAUAAUGCGCUGAUUGUGAUUGUGCCGAAAUAUGGUUUCGAAUCUGUGGUGUAUUUCGAUUCGCAGCAGACGGACUAUGCCGAAGACAAACAAGCCUUAACGCUCACCACCGAAGAUGGCAAGCCCUACAAGUUCCACAUGUUCGAUAGGUUAAAGGUACAAAUUCACGUGGAUAGUAGCAACGAACAGCAUCAGAAAUUAGUAAUGCAAUUGGUAGAACCCCAUAUCCCCGGGCUUUCGGUAGUUCCGACAGAUGCGAUGGCAGUUGACGAACCCAACGCAAACACUUCAAACAAGCGUGCAUCGCCUGCCGCAGGCCCCUCAGAGAAGAAAUUGAAGAAGUAGUGGUGUACACGAGUAGGUUCAUUUUCAUAAAAGAUAGCCGCUAUCAUAUACG